GCAAAUGAACUUGAAAAAAACCCUGGUGUCAAAAAUUACCGCAAACUAUAUUGCCAUAAGAAAAAAAUACUUCCUAUAUUUGAGAUCAGAGAACAGAGUGGCAGCACAAUUUCCUGGCUGAACACACCAGUGUAAUACUUAAAGAGAGCGACUCCUUACUGUUAUAGAGACUGGAUGGACCGGCCAAGAUGACAGCCCAGGAGCAUUGAUCCUUUCCUUUGGCAUCCUCUCAGCACCAUGCAAGAAAGAGGCUAAGAGGCAGCCAACAUACAGCAGAGAACACCUCUUCUUUACUGCCCUACGCUGACCCCAAGUGCCCGGAGGAUGGAGCCACGCUUGCUGACAUGGGGAUUAUUCACAUUCAUCAUGGUACCUGGCUGUAUGACAGAGGACUGUGACCAGCACCCACCAAUCAUCAGCUACGCCACAUUCAAAGCCCACACCUACAAGAAAGGCACCUUGAUAGACUGUGAAUGCAAGAAAGGUUUCCGCAGGAUUCGAAAUGGGUCAAUCUAUCUGCUUUGUAUAGGAAACUCUUCCUGGGCCAACAAAUGUCAAUGUGUAAGCGCUUCCUCUAGGAAUACAUCAGAACAAGUUACACCUCAACCUGAAGAACACAAAGAAAAAAGCUCCACAGAAAUGCAAAGUCAGGUGCAGCCUGUGGAAAAAGUAAAUCUUCCAGGUGAAUGCUGGGAGCCCCCUGCAUGGAAACAUGAAGCUGCAAAUAGAACUUACCAUUUCAAGGUGGGGCAGAUAGUUCGCUACGAAUGCAUACAGGGGUACAAGGCCAUACAGACAAGUCCCGUCAUAAGUGUCUGCAAAAUGACCUGUGGGAAGACAAAGUGGACCUGGCCCCAGAUCACAUGCAUAAAUGAAAGCAAGCUCCAUUUGUUUGCAGGUCAGGAAGACUCUCCUGCAAGCACAGACGCCCUUCCUGAAAGCAAGGCUUCCUGUCCCACCACAUCAACAGAGUUUUCAAAAGAGAGAGAAACAGCUACAACCAUGGAGACUCCCAUAUUUCCAAGCGAGUAUCAUGUAGCAGUGGCUGGCUGUGUUUUCCUGCUGAUCAGCAUCCUCCUUCUGAGUGGCCUCACCUGGCAGUGGAGAUGUUCUGGGGAUAGAGUCCAGGGCCUUGACCCUGGCAUUGACGAUAGGCAAAUGCUCUACCUCUGA